AUGGCGGCAGCUGGUCCUGCAGCCUUGGCCCUGCCCUGGGUGGCCUUCAUGACGCUGACACUGUUCCCCAUCCGGCUCCUGUUUGCCGCCUUCAUGAUGCUGCUCGCCUGGCCCUUUGCACUAGUCGCCUCGCUGGGACCUGCCGACAAGGAACCUGAGCAGCCCCUGGCCUUGUGGCGGAAGGUGGUGGACUUCCUGCUCAAGGCCAUCAUGCGCACCAUGUGGUUUGUGGGUGGCUUCCACCGCGUGGCCGUGAAGGGGCGGCAGGCGCUGCCCACAGAGGCGGCCAUCCUCACGCUGGCACCACAUUCCUCCUACUUCGACGCCAUCCCUGUCACCAUGACAAUGUCCUCCAUCGUGAUGAAGGCAGAGAGCAGAGACAUCCCAAUAUGGGGAAAAAAGGGAAACUUCGGAAACCUCGCCUCUUCAGAGACACAGACCGGCGAUGAGACUAUGGAGGUGAAGCUCCAGGCCCCUGUGCGCUGCCCCGGAAGACAGGCCGGCUCCGGGCAGACCA